AUGGCACUACGCUCUCAGCGCGUCAAGCUGCCUGCCUCUUCAGAAGGCACGACGACGGCUGUGAAGAUAACAUGGCAGCGACGUCCGCCCGUCGUUGUGGAAGUGCAGAAAAAGCCCGAGGAGGAGCUGGGCAUUGCCAUUGCUUGCCUGCCCGAUGCCGCUGGUGUCGUCAUUAUCGAUAUUCGGCCCCGCUCAGCCGCUGAUCGCAGCGCCAUCCUUCAGGUGGGCGAUGUCAUCUCCCAGGUCAAUGGUCGCAGCUUGGGCUACAGCACCACCGAAGAAGCCUUGCUGGUGCUCAGCGAAGAAUCCAAAGCCGCAGUCCUAAGACUCAACGUGUCGGGCGAAGCCGACCUCAGCUCUCUGCCGGGCGAUCACCCGCAGCCCAACGAUGCACGUCGCCGGAACCCCGCACAGCACCGAGCCAAAACGACAGUCAUCCUGCCAUACCUUGAUACUCAAUCCGGGGCUUGCCGCGCAGUGGCCAUAAUCGUGUUCUGCUUUGGAAUACUUGAAGGCAUUGCCCGCGUCAUGUUUGAACGCCUGAAUGGCUUAGUCCAUCGUGAUAUGGAGCUGGAGGAAAAAGAUAAAAUUAACUUCUGUUUUGAUGUAAUCAUGUUCUUCUGGUAUGAAUGGAUCUGGCGCGAUGAGACUGGCGGCCUCGUGCGCCAGUCGUAG